AUGCCGACGUCCAAAGCCGUGGGGGCGGAGGGCAGGAGGAAGCUUCCAGCUUUGCCGCCCGUCCCAAACAAGCAGGCGGAGGGAGCCGCUGGGCCGACGACAGCAGCAGACGAGGGCAGAAUGGCAGUGAGGAGGAGGCUGCUGAGGCACAGACGGAGUAAACAUCAAGAAGAGCAAGUCAUUGAGAUAAUAGCUUCUAGAGCAAUGAAGGCCUACAGAGAGAGCAAAGAGAGAGGACCUGUGCGCCCCCAAUCACCAGAGCCACAACUUCCAGCCUCUAUGGUCAGCGAGGAGCGAAAACGAAGGAUUAACUACAUGUUCAUGAAGCAGUGUGUGGAGAGCAGGCCAGUCACACCCAUCCAGCAGCAGUGGCUGGACUCUAUGUUGGCCCGUGUCCCCGCUCAUCUGAGACAGGGCCCAGGCAGUGCCAAACUGCUACAGGAGCUCUGCAAGGAAGUCAGUGAUGACUUCCUCAAGGCGACUGUUAAACACACAGUGAACAUUGUGCUACAAGAGCCACAGAAAAAUGGAAAUGAGAAACAGAAAGCGACACCACCAAGUGUUCUUGAUUUCUCCAGUCCCUGGCACAGUAGCUUUAUUAGGAGCCGCAAGGAGAUAAAGAGAAAAUUACACAUUCUUCAUCCAGUGAUGCGAGCUAUCUUGGAUCUUGGCUGCAUGACAUUUUCUCAACUGCUCCUUGUUGACCUUUCAAAUUGCAGGGCUUCAGGACCAAUAAACUGCGAGAGUCUGAGGAACAAAGUAACUGUGGGGUGUCGAAGGACAGAGGACCGGAUCAUGAAGACCUGGUUCUCCAAAGUCCUUAACUUACUGACCAGUGAUGAGACACUGCAGGGAGUGAAAGCGGAGAAAGUGGACUCUUUCUACAACUGUGUGUCCACACUCAUCUCCAAUCAGUUGAAAUCCCUGCUUGAGAGAACUGUGGAGAAGUUUGUCAGUCUUUUUGAUCCAAGAACUCCACACUGCUUGCCACUCUUCUAUAUGGCCCUGACAUUUGAAGAUGAAAAAAUGGAGAUUUAUCCCACCUGUCAAGAUCUUGAAGAAACUGUUCUGAAUGUCAUCACAGAUAUUACCAAGAAUCUACAAAAAACCCAGACAUGGUUAGCAGAAGCCACAAACAUCUCUGUAGAUGUGAAACUGCCCGAUCAUGUCCUUGCCUGGGCUCAGGACACUGUCAGGACUGCUGUGCACAGGAACCUAGAGGAACCUGACAAACACUUCCAGAAUUAUGUUGAUAACUAUGAGUGGCUCAUAAAUGGAACAGCACAAGCUCAAGUGGAGAAGUUCAUGGAAGAAGACCACUCCUUUCAAGAGUAUACUGAGCAAGUAGAGGAGUUCCGUGCACUCUCGAAGGAGAUCAUCAGCCUCCCAGCAAAAGUCUACUUUACAAUGGUUCAGCUGAACUGUGAGGAGCUGCAAGAGGGGCUGGCCAGCAAAGCCAACAACUUUGCUGAAAUACUUUUGAAGAGACUGGUUGCCAGCUACCUUGAGCACAAUCUACAGAUCUGCCAUGAGUUUGAGACCAUCAAAGAGAAAGCUCUUACUGUCCCGGAUAACACAGAGGACAUGAUUCAGAUGGUUGCUUAUAUACGCAAUGCGAAGACAAAUGCUAUUGCAAAGCUAAAUGAAAAGAUAAAGGAAACCUACCGCAGAUUGAACUACCUCCUGGAUGUCCACAUCUUCGAGCCAGAGGAUCUGGAGAUGAAUUCUACUGUCUUUCUCUGGCCACAAAACAUCAUCCCUGUCUUUGAGCUCCAUGAUGAAUUGAUGGAGAAGGCCAAGGAGAAAGGACAGCAGGAGCUGCUUGGUAGAAGAGAAAGGUUGAGAGCAGUGUUGGAGAAAUUGGGGCUCAAGAUAGAGGAGCUUGCAGAUUUCUCUGAGCUGGACAUGAUGCAUCAGUAUGUGGCAGACGUGAAAACAGUGCAGAAAUUGCUCCGGGAUGCUGAGGAGGCCAUUGUCUUCAUCAAUAAAGAGGAGACCCUCUUCAAAUUGGACCAAACAUGCUACCCAGAGGUUGAGGUCAUUAAAGAGAGUAUCGAACCAUACCAGAAGUUGUUUGGACUUGUGUUGAAGUGGCAGCGAAAUGAGAAGAGAUGGAUGGACGGUUCAUUCCUGGACCUCAAUGGUGAGAGCAUGCAGGUAGAGGUGGAAGAGUUCUCCAGGGAGAUCUACAAGAUACUGAAGUUCUUCCAGCAGAAACAGAAGAAGACAGAACAAGAAAGGGAGAAGUUGGCCGAAAAGACAAAGGAAAGUCAGAGAGGACCCAGGGAGGACGAUCCCAGCAAGCGGGAGAGCCCCACCGUUCUUAUGUGCUCCAGGGUAAUGGAGCAGGUCAAAGAGUUCAAGGAGCAUAUCCCCCUGGUGUCCAUCUUGUGUAAUCCAGGUAUCCGACCUCGUCACUGGAACCAGAUGUCAGAGAUAGUGGAGUAUGACCUCACUCCAGACUAUGGCACUACACUGCGCAAAGUUCUGAAACAAAAUCUGUCUCCUUAUCUGGAGCAGUUUGAGUCUAUCAGUGCAGCUGCAAGUAAAGAGUUCUCCCUGGAGAAGGCUAUGCAAACCAUGGUGGAUGUUUGGGAUGGCAUUUCUUUUCACCACCAACCCUACAGAGAGACUGGUGUGUCCAUCCUCACAGCUGUGGAUGAGAUUCAGACAUUGCUUGAUGAUCAGAUUGUCAAAACCCAGACCAUGAGGGGCUCACCCUUUAUCAAGCCCUUUGAGAAUAAAAUUAAGCUAUGGGAGGAACAACUGAUCCGUAUCCAGGAAACAAUAGAUGAAUGGCUGAAGCUGCAGGCCCAGUGGCUCUACCUGGAGCCAAUCUUUUCUUCUGAGGACAUCAUGCAGCAGAUUCCAGAGGAGGGCCGCCUUUUCCAAAUUGUUGAUAAACACUGGAAAGAAAUCAUGAGGCAUUGUGUCAAGGACCCCAAGAUUCUGCCAGCAACGUCACUCCCUGGUUUGCUUGAAAGACUUCUAGAGUCCAAUGACUUUCUUGAUACCAUCAUGAAAGGACUGAAUGCCUACCUGGAGAAGAAACGUCUCUUCUUUCCACGGUUCUUCUUCUUGUCCAAUGAUGAAAUGCUGGAAAUUCUGUCCGAGACCAAAGAUCCAUUGCGAGUGCAGCCCCAUCUGAAGAAGUGUUUUGAGGGUAUUUCCAGGCUGGACUUCCUACCCAACCUUGAUAUCCAGGCCAUCUACAGCAGUGAAGGGGAGCGUGUUCAGCUCAUAGAACAUAUCUCCACAUCAGAGGCCAAGGGAGCUGUGGAGAAAUGGCUGUUGCAGGUGGAGGAUGUGAUGCUGCGCAGUGUCAGAGAUGUAGUGGCACACUCCAGAGUGGCCUAUGUUGAGACCCCCCGUAGCCAGUGGGUAAAAGAGUGGCCUGGGCAAGUGGUACUCUGCACAUCUCAAAUCUUCUGGACCUUGGAGGUGCACGAAGCCAUUAGAGAAGGGGGUGAUGGUUUAAAGAACUACUAUCAGUGUUUGCAGAAUCAACUGAAUGACAUUGUGCAAUUGGUCAGAGGGAAAUUGCCGAAACAAACUCGGAUCACACUGGGAGCACUGGUCACAAUUGAUGUCCAUGCGAGGGAUGUAGUCAUGGAGCUUAUUGAAAAAGGUGUAUCACAUGAAACAGAUUUCCAGUGGCUAGCCCAACUCCGUUAUUACUGGAGCAAUGAAAAUGUACGUGUCCGCAUUAUCAACUGUGAUGUCAAGUAUGCCUAUGAGUACCUGGGUAACUCACCUCGUCUGGUCAUCACCCCACUGACUGACAGAUGCUACCGAACCCUGAUUGGGGCUUUCUUCCUGAGUUUGGGUGGUGCACCUGAAGGUCCUGCUGGCACUGGAAAGACUGAGACCACCAAAGACCUGGCCAAAGCUCUAGCUGUGCAGUGUGUGGUCUUCAACUGUUCAGAUGGACUGGACUACCUUGCUAUGGGCAAAUUUUUCAAAGGUCUGGCCUCAUCUGGUGCGUGGGCAUGUUUUGAUGAGUUCAACCGUAUUGAGCUGGAGGUGCUGUCUGUAGUGGCCCAGCAGGUGCUGUGCAUCCAGAGGGCCAUCGGGCAAAAGUUGGAGUACUUUGACUUUGAAGGGACGAUGCUCAAACUCAAUCCCAACUGUUUUGUGUCCAUCACGAUGAACCCUGGCUAUGCAGGACGCUCAGAGCUCCCAGACAACCUCAAGGUGUUGUUCAGGACAGUGGCCAUGAUGGUACCUAACUAUGCCCUGAUUGCGGAGAUCUCUCUUUACUCCUAUGGAUUCCUGAAUGCCAAACCUUUGUCAGUGAAGAUUGUGAUGACUUACAGGCUCUGUUCAGAGCAGCUGUCCUCCCAGUUCCAUUACGAUUACGGCAUGCGAGCUGUCAAAGCUGUACUUGUGGCUGCAGGAAACCUCAAGCUUAAGUUCCCUGAUGAGAAUGAGGAUAUACUGCUCCUGAGGUCCAUAAAGGAUGUAAAUGAGCCCAAAUUUCUGUCCCAUGAUAUUCCAUUGUUCAAUGGAAUCACAAGUGAUCUGUUCCCAGACAUCUCCCUUCCUGAGGCUGACUAUCAGCUGUUCCUGGAGGCUGCUGGAGAGUGCUGUAAAAAUCACAAUGUACAGUCAACACAGGUCUUUUUAGAGAAGAUAAUCCAGACAUAUGAGAUGAUGAUAGUCAGGCAUGGGUUCAUGUUGGUGGGAGAGCCCUUUAGUGGAAAGACCAAAGUGCUACAUGUCCUAGCUGACACUUUGACUCUGAUGAAUGAAAGAGGGAACAGUGAGGAGGAGAAGGUCAUUUUCAGAAUAGUGAACCCAAAAUCCAUCACUAUGGGACAGCUCUUUGGACAAUUUGACCCAGUUUCUCAUGAGUGGACAGAUGGAAUUGUGGCCAACACUUUUCGUGAGUUUGCAUCAGCUGAUACACCACACCGUAAAUGGGUGGUGUUUGACGGUCCCAUAGACACAUUAUGGAUUGAGAGCAUGAACACUGUGCUGGAUGACAACAAAAAGCUGUGUCUGAUGAGCGGUGAGAUAAUCCAGAUGUCCAAUCAAAUGAGUCUGAUUUUUGAAACCAUGGACCUGUCACAGGCCUCACCUGCCACUGUAAGUCGAUGUGGUAUGAUCUACAUGGAGCCAUCUCAGCUGGGUUGGGAGCCCUUGGUGACAUCUUGGAUGAACACUCUGCCAGAGGCUCUGCAGAGCCCAGAAAACAGCUCCCUGCUGCUGGAGCUCUUCCAUUGGCUGCUGCCUCCUGCCCUCCGGUUGCUGCGUAAACACUGUAGGGAAGUUGUUUCUACCAGCGAUAGCAAUACUGUGGUGUCCUUGUGUCGCCUGUUUGAGAUGCUGCUCACUGAGCCUGUGAAGGAAGAGCCUGGAAAUAAAAAUAUUCGUAUCUGGAUCAUGGCAGCCUUUUCCUUCUCCCUGGUGUGGUCUGUGGGAGGCAGCUGCGAUGCAAACAGCAGAGAGAGGUUUGAUGAGUUCUUCCGUGACACUGUUACAGGGAAGACUGACAAACACCCAGUCCCUGUUACUGUUGGAAAAUGGGAGUGCCCUAUGGAGGAAAAGGGCCUUGUGUAUGACUACUCGUAUGAGUUUAAAGGAAGAGGCCGCUGGGUUCACUGGAAUGACGCCAUCAAGAAUGUCCAACUGGGAGACAAAAACACCAAAGUGCAAGAAAUUAUUGUUCCCACCAUAGAUACCGUUCGCUAUACCUACCUCAUGAAUCUUUGUAUCAGCUAUGGAGUGCCUCUAUUGUUUGUCGGCCCUACUGGCACUGGUAAGUCAGUGUAUGUGAAACAGAAGCUGAUGAAUAACCUGGACAAAGACCGCUACCUGCCAUUUUUCAUCAACUUUUCAGCCCGCACUAGCGCAAACCAAACCCAGAAUAUCAUCAUGUCCAAGUUAGAUAAGAGAAGGAAAGGAGUGUUUGGGCCUCCCAUGGGGAAGAAGUGUGUCAUCUUUGUGGAUGACAUGAACAUGCCUGCACUGGAGCAAUUUGGAGCACAGCCGCCAAUAGAGCUUCUUCGACAGUACAUCGACCAUGGGAACUGGUAUGAUCUGAAGAAUACCUCCAAGAUCACCCUUGUAGACCUACAGCUCAUUUCAGCUAUGGGUCCCCCUGGUGGUGGGAGGAAUGCUGUGACAUCUCGCUUCUUGCGGCACUUCAACAUAUUUAGCAUUAAUGCCUUCAGUGAUGACACCAUGGUGCGCAUCUUCUCCAGUGUGGUGGCCUUCUAUCUCAGAAACAAUGAAUUCCUGGCAGAAUAUGUAACUGUGGGCAACCAAAUAGUGACUGCUACGAUGGAAGUGUACAAGAAAGCCAUGGAGAACCUGCUUCCCACACCAGCCAAGUCUCACUACACCUUCAACCUGCGGGACUUUUCACGAGUCAUCCAAGGUUGUCUAUUGCUGAAGAAGGAAUCUCUGGUGAACAAACAGACCAUGAUCCGUUUGUUUGUUCAUGAAGUCUUCCGUGUCUACUAUGACCGCCUGGUGGAUGACCAAGAUCGAGCCUGGCUCUAUCAGCUGAUGAACAGCAUCCUUAAAGAUCACUUCAAGGAGUCUUUCGAGCAGGUGUUUGAUCACCUGAAACAAGAUAAAAAACUGGUUGAAGAAGACAUGCGUAAUCUUCUGUUUGGUGACUACAUGAACCCCGAGCUAGAGGAUGAUGACCGCCUGUAUGCUGAGGUGCCCUCUAUGGAAAGCUUUAGCCAGGUGGUGGAGUUCUGUCUAGAUGAAUACAACCAGAUGCACAAGAAUCGCAUGAACCUUGUUAUCUUCCGCUAUGUCUUGGAGCACCUGUCCCGUAUCAGCCGUGUGCUAAAGCAACCAGGGGGCAAUGCUCUGCUGGUGGGGGUAGGAGGCAGCGGGCGCCAAUCCAUCACUCGCCUUGCAACAUCCAUGGCCCACAUGACUAUGUUUCAGCCAGAGAUCUCCAAGAGCUAUGGCCUGAAUGAGUGGAGAGAUGACCUCAAGCUGCUGCUGAAGAGUGCUGGUGUGAAAGGUCAGAAGACAGUGUUCUUGCUAACUGAUGCUCAGAUCAAAAUGGAGGCUUUUCUAGAGGAUGUCGACAGUGUUCUGAACACAGGAGAGGUUCCCAACCUGUUUGCUGUGGAUGAGAAGCAAGAAAUCAUGGAGGCAGUCCGUCCCAUUGCCCAGGCUGGCAAUAAGAAUUUGGAGUUUAGCCCACUGGCUCUGUUUGCCUUCUUUGUGAAGCGCUGUAGGGAGAACCUGCACAUUGUGGUGGCCUUCAGUCCCAUUGGCGAUGCCUUUCGCAAUCGCCUGCGCCAGUUCCCAUCUCUUAUCAACUGCUGCACCAUUGACUGGUUCCAGCCAUGGCCUGAGGAAGCACUUGAGCGGGUAGCCAACUCUUUCCUUGAGACACUGGAGAUGAGUGAUCAUGAGAGGCAGGAGGUCGUACCUAUCUGCAAGACAUUCCAUACAUCUGCCAUACAGCUUUCACACAAAUUCCUGUCUGAGUUAGGACGCCAUAACUAUGUGACACCCACAUCUUACCUGGAGCUGAUUGCUGCAUUCCGUCUACUCCUGUCUCAAAAUCGAGACACUGUUAUGAAGGCCAAAAAGAGGUAUACCAAUGGUCUGGAUAAACUCGCCUUUGCUGAGUCUCAGGUGGGUGAGAUGAAAAAGGAACUUGUAGACCUGCAGCCCAAGCUGGAGCAGGCAAAGACAGACAAUACCAAGAUUAUGAAGGUGAUUGAAGUGGAGUCAGUGGAAGUAGAAGCCAAGAGUAAAGUUGUGCGAGUUGAUGAGGAAGCAGCAACUAUAAAAGCCAAUGAGGCUCAGGCUCUGAAGAGUGAGUGUGAAAGUGACCUGGCUGAGGCCAUACCUGCCCUGGAGGCUGCCCUCUCAGCCUUGGACACGCUGAAGCCCUCUGAUGUGACAAUUGUGAAGUCAAUGAAAAAUCCUCCAUCGGGGGUGAAGUUAGUGAUGGCAGCUGUGUGUGUGAUGAAGGAGAUUAAGCCUGAUAAGAUUGCUGACCCAGCUGGGACUGGAAAGAAGAUUUUGGACUACUGGGGUCCAAGCAAGAAGCUACUGGGUGAUUUGAACUUCUUACGAGAUCUGAAAGAAUAUGACAAGGAUAAUAUUCCUGUGCCUGUGAUGCAAAAGAUCCGCAGUGAAUACAUGACUAAUCCUGACUUUGAUCCCAGCAAAGUAGCCAAGGCCUCCUCUGCAGCCGAAGGUCUAUGCAAAUGGAUCAAAGCCAUGGAGGUGUAUGACAGGGUGGCAAAGGUAGUGGCUCCUAAAAAGGCAAAUCUAGCAGAGGCCCAGCAGUCUCUGGCUACUACUAUGGCCCUGCUGGACCAGAAGAGAGCAGAGUUAAAGGAGGUAGAGGACCGUUUGGCUGCUCUCCAAAAGACUUUUGAGGAGAAGACAGAGGAGAAGGCCCAGCUGGAGUUCCAGGUUGACUUGUGUGCUCGGAAAUUGGAAAGAGCUGAGAAACUCAUUGGAGGCCUGGGGGGAGAGAAGACCAGAUGGUCUAAGGCAGCUGAUGACCUGCAGAACAUUUACGACAACCUGACUGGGGAUGUUCUUAUUUCUGCCGGUGUCAUCGCCUAUCUGGGAGCCUUUACUGCUGGCUUUAGACAAGACUGCACAAAGAUGUGGACUAAACUCUGCCAAUCCAAGAACAUCCCGUCAUCGGAUGACUUCUCUCUCAGUAAGACCCUGGGUGAUCCCAUUAAGAUUAGGGCUUGGAACAUCGCAGGCCUGCCCACUGACACUUUCUCAAUAGACAAUGGUGUCAUCGUCAGUAACUCACGUCGAUGGCCUCUGAUGAUAGACCCUCAGGGCCAGGCGAAUAAGUGGGUCAAGAAUUCAGAGAAAGACAACAACCUGAGUGUCAUCAAGCUGACAGAUGGGGACUACAUGAGAACUCUGGAGAAUUGCAUCCAGUUUGGAACCCCACUGUUGCUGGAGAAUGUAGGAGAGGAGCUGGAUCCCUCACUGGAACCACUGCUGCUGAAACAAACCUUCAAACAAGGUGGCAUGGACUGCAUCAGACUAGGAGAGAGUGUGAUUGAGUAUUCCUGUGAUUUUCGUUUCUACAUCACCACUAAGCUGCGGAACCCUCACUACCUACCGGAGCUGGCCACUAAGGUGUCCCUGCUCAAUUUCAUGAUCACACCUGAAGGCUUGGAGGAUCAGCUUCUGGGGAUUGUGGUUGCCAAGGAGAGGCCAGAAUUGGAAGAGGAGAGGAAUGCAUUGGUUCUGCAGUCUGCAGCCAAUAAGAGGCAGCUGAAGGAAAUUGAGGACAAGAUCCUGGAGACACUGCAGUCAUCUGAGGGAAACAUCCUGGAGGAUGAGAGUGCCAUCCAGAUUCUUGAUUCUGCUAAGCUCAUGUCCAAUGAGAUAUCCAAGAAACAGCAGAUAGCUGAGAAGACAGAGAUGAAGAUAGCAGAAUCUAGGGAAGGUUACAGGGCUGUUGCGAAGCAUUCCUCCAUCCUGUUCUUCACGAUUGCUGACCUGACUAACAUAGACCCAAUGUACCAAUACUCUUUAAGCUGGUUUGUCAACCUCUACAUUAACUCCAUCCAGAACAGUGUCAAGUCCAAGAAUCUGGAGAAGAGGCUCAGACAACUAAUUAUGCACUUCAACUAUAACCUGUACUGCAAUGUCUGUCGCUCACUAUUUGAGAAGGACAAACUCCUCUUCUCCUUUCUCCUCUGCUGCAACCUACUCCUAGCAAAGAAGGAGAUUGAGUAUGCUGAUUUCAUGUUCUUGCUGACUGGAGGAGUGGGCCUGCAGAAUACCAUUGUUAACCCAGACACCACCUGGCUACAGGACAAGAGCUGGGAUGAGAUCUGUAGAGCCAGUGACCUGCCGGGCUUACAUGGGAUAAAAGAAGCUUUCAUGAAGAGUCCAGAGCUCUUCAAGCCAAUCUAUGACAGCAAGGAGCCCUACAAUACUCCUCUGCCAAAACCGUGGUCUGAACAGCUCAAUGACCUGCAGAAGAUGAUUAUCCUUCGCUGUCUUAGGCCCGAUAAGAUAGUGCCAGCUAUCAUUAAUUAUGUGACCAAAAAACUGGGGAAGACAUUUGUAGAGCCCCCUCCGUUUGACUUGAGUAAGAGCUACUUGGACUCCAACUCCACUAUCCCACUUGUAUUUGUGCUGUCUCCAGGAGCUGACCCCAUGGCCAGCCUGCUGAAGUUUGCCAGUGACAAGAACAUGGAUGGUGCCAAGUUCCAGUCCAUCUCUCUGGGGCAAGGCCAGGGUCCCAUCGCUGCCAAAAUGAUAAGCACAGCCAUGAAGGAGGGGACAUGGGUGUGUUUGCAGAACUGUCACCUGGCUGUUUCCUGGAUGACCACCCUAGAGAAGAUCUGCGAGGACUUCAGUCCAGAGGUCUGCCACCCAGACUUCCGCCUUUGGCUCACCAGCUACCCCUCACCUAAGUUUCCAGUGACCAUCCUGCAGAAUGGGGUGAAAAUGACCAACGAACCUCCGACAGGGCUCCGACUCAACCUGCUACAGUCCUACCUGUCAGAUCCUAUUUCAGACCCAAGCUUUUUUGAUAGCUGCCUCAACAAGGAGCUGAUUUGGCAGAAGCUUUUGUAUGGAGUGUGCUUCUUUCAUGCUCUUGUCCAGGAGAGGAAAAAGUUUGGUCCCCUCGGCUGGAAUAUUCCCUAUGGCUUCAAUGAAUCUGACCUACGUAUUAGCAUCAGGCAGCUACAGCUUUUUGUGAAUGAAUAUGAUGAAGUGCCCUUUGAGGCUAUAACCUACCUGACGGGAGAGUGUAAUUAUGGUGGCCGUGUGACAGAUGACUGGGAUAGGCGGCUACUGAUGACCAUCCUGGCUGACUUCUACAACAAAGAUAUUAUUAAGAAAUUCCGCUACAACUUCUGCCCCAGUGGAGAAUACUAUGCCCCGCCUAAAAGCACCUAUGAGGACUGUAUUCAGUUCAUCAAGGGACUCCCAAUCAUCCAAACCCCAGAGGUAUUUGGGAUGCAUGAGAAUGUGGAUAUCUCUAAGGAUCUGCAGCAGACCAAGUUGCUGUUCGACUCACUGCUGCUCACCCAGGGAGGGGCCAAGGGUGGGGGUAGCUCUGGGGGAGACAGCGCUCUCUAUGACAUUGCGAAUGACAUCCUUGUUAAGCUUCCAGACAAUUUUGACAUCGAGGCGGCACUCUCGAAGUUCCCCGUGCUCUACGAGGAGAGCAUGAACACUGUUCUCGUCCAAGAGAUGGAGCGCUACAACACGCUGUGCGUUACGAUCCGUGUGAGCCUGCAGAACCUGCUGAAGGCCAUUAAGGGUUUGGUGGUGAUGGAUGGAGAGCUGGAGGCCAUUGCAGGCAGUUUGAUAGUGGGCAGGGUCCCAGAGAGGUGGGCCAAGCGUUCUUACCCUAGUCUCAAGCCCCUUGGCACCUACAUUACUGAUUUCCUCGCCAGGCUCAAGUUCUUGAAGGACUGGUAUAACACCAGUAAGCCCAAUGUGUUCUGGCUGUCUGGCUUCUUCUUCACGCAGGCCUUCCUAACUGGGGCCAUGCAGAACUACGCCAGAAAAUAUCAUGUCCCCAUUGACCUGCUGGACUUUGAGUUUGAGGUUCUCCCUAUUGAUGAAUCAGACACAUCCCCUGAAGAUGGUGUUUAUAUUAACGGGCUGUUUCUAGAUGGCGCUCGCUGGGACAAGAGAGGUGGAGUUCUGGCCGAGCAACAUCUGAAAGUCCUAUUUGACCCAAUGCCCAUCAUUUGGAUCAAACCCACUGAAAAGAAGAGCACUGAGCCGCCUCAGGCGCUGUAUGUUUGCCCCCUUUACAAAACCAGUGAGAGGAAGGGCACCCUCUCCACCACAGGUCACUCUACCAAUUUUGUCAUUUCCAUGAUUUUGCCCACAAGCAAGCGCCCACAACACUGGAUCAAGCGAGGUGUUGCCAUGCUCUGCCAGCUUGAUGACUGA